AAUCGAUUCGAUUAGUCGAAACACCGGAACCAAACCCUAGGCGAUCUCGGCGGCGGCGGCGGCGAUGGCGGCGGCGAGCCUGCGGAAGGGGAACGCGCGGCUGCCCCCGGAGGUGAACCGGGCCAUCUUCGUGCGGAACCUGCCGUUCAACAUCUCGAGCGAGGAGAUGUACGACAUCUUCGGCAAGUACGGCGCCAUCCGGCAGAUCCGGCUGGGCAACGGCAAGGACACGCGAGGCACCGCCUACGUCGUCUACGAGGACAUCUACGACGCCAAGAACGCCGUGGACCACCUCUCGGGCUUCAACGUCGCCAACCGAUACCUCAUCGUGCUCUACUCGCAGCCCAACAAGAUGGGCAAGAAGAUGGACAUCAAGAAGAAGGAGGAGGAGAUCACAAAGCUCCAGGAGAAGUACGGAAUCAGCUCCAAGUCGUCCCCGUGAGCGCAGGGCCUCUUGUGUAACUUUGAAUCGAGGAUUAAUCGGUCGUCGUGUAGCUUAUGCUCUCCACAGUAUUAUGUUGUCUUUCUGGUAUUUGCGUAUUCAUGAUGAUAAACAUGACACAUCAAGUGGGGUUGUUGUCCUGUGUUUUGAUGCUUAGUUGAAUUUGGCACUUUAGUAGGUUGGUUGAUGUAUAUGAUGCCGGUAUCUAUGGUCAGUUAAAUUGCAAUAUCUGCCUUGGAAA